AUGGGUGAAACUAAAGACCAGUCAUAUUUUUUAAAAGAUCUGAAACCCAACAUGAAACGUGUAUCAUGUGUUUUUAUAGUUUUGGAGCUGGGUCCUAUCACGCGUACAAAAGAUGGCAAUGAAGUUCGGACCGCGAAGGUCGCUGAUCGCACAGGAACGAUUAAUAUAUCUGUUUGGAAUGAGAAUAGUUCAUUAAUUGCUCCAUGUGAUGUUUUACAGCUAGUUCAGGGUAACACUACUGUAAGGGGUGGCUGUUUAAAUUUGAAUGUCGGUCGUUAUGGUCAGCUUAUGAAAAUUGGAGAAUUUUGUUUUCCUUUUGUUGAGUCACCUGAUUUUAGCGCUUAUAAUGAUGAAUGGUUGGGAAAAUCCGGCGACUCUAGUUCAACGAAUAAAUGUGAACCAACAAACAAACAAUGA